AUGACAACCGCCGUGUGCACGCCCAUCAAGUCCCACGCCGGCAUGUUCUCCUCGAGGACCGCCGGCGGCCGGAUGCCACUUACCCCCUCUCCUCGCAUGCGAGCGAUGGCCCAGCCAGUCAACAACUCGUCUCCAUUCACCCCCGAGCGUCCCGCUUCCAAGGACGAGAGCAUCCGCGCAUCCAAGUCCACCUACGGCGGAAACCUCGCCGCACAUUUCACCAAGUCCUCGUCAAGGACGCACAGAGACUCUCCAAAGUCGAACAUUGCUCGCGUUGUGGCAACUCCUCGCCGCGCCCUUGAGCUCGGCGUCUCGGAUUUCACACUCGUUGGCACUGGUGCCAAGACCCCUUCCAGCUCCAAGUCGAGGAAGGCGCCGCUUCGAACGAAGUCGAACAAGACCACCAUUUCAUACGGCGGUGACAGGUUCAUCCCAAACAGAACUGCUAGCUCCGGCAUUGUCACAGCUGGCUCUGGAAAGCUCGAUGCUGCGGACAAGCAGCGCCCAAAGACCAGCAAUGGCGAUGGAUCCUCGGUCCUUGCUUCCGCUGCUACCGCUUUCGACGUCGGUGGACGUGGCGCUGAUGACGAUGUUGCCGCUGCUUUUGACGGCCUGAACCUUGCCGAUGAGGAGUCAGCGACCACAUACUCUCGCCCAUCACCAAACUCCGUUGCCUACCAAGACUCGUUGGCGUCUGCCUGCGGCAUCUCGCGAAACACCCGCAUCCUUGCUUUCAAGCCUGCCCCUCCUGAGUCGUCCAAGCCAAUCGACCUUCGCUCCCAGUACAACCGUCCUCUCAAGCCUGCCAGCUCUACCACUGCCCAGUUCAGACGCCGUGUCGCCACUGCCCCAGAGCGUGUUCUUGAUGCCCCUGGACUCGUUGAUGACUACUACCUCAACCUUCUUGACUGGAGCUCCAACAACCAGGUUGCCAUUGGCCUCGAGCGCAAUGUCUACGUCUGGUCCGCUGAGUCCGGAACCGUCAGCUCUCUUCUUGAGACUAGCCCGGACACCUAUGUCAGCAGCGUCAAAUGGUCUGGCGACGGAGCAUACGUCGGCGUUGGACUCGGCACGGGUGAGGUCCAGAUCUGGGACGUUGAGGAGGGCACCAAGCUCCGCAGCAUGCACGGACACGAUACCCGUGUUGGUGUUAUGGGAUGGAACAAGCACACUCUGUCCACCGGUGUCCGCAGCGGCCUCGUCUUCAACCACGAUGUGCGCAUCGCCCAGCACAAGACCGCCGAGCUCAUCUCCCACACCUCCGAGGUCUGUGGCCUCGAGUGGCGUGCCGACGGUGCCCAGCUCGCUACCGGCGGCAACGACAACCUUGUCUCCAUCUGGGACGCUCGCUCCCUCUCCGUCCCCAAGUUCACCAAGACCAACCACAAGGCUGCCGUCAAGGCCAUCAGCUGGUGCCCAUGGCAACCCAACCUCCUUGCCACCGGUGGCGGAUCCUACGAUCGCCACAUCCAUUUCUGGAACUCCACCUCUGGUGCCCGCGUCAACAGCAUUGACACCAGCUCCCAGGUGACCUCCCUGCGCUGGAGCCCUCACUACCGCGAGAUUGUCAGCACCAGCGGCUUCCCCGACAACUCUCUCAGCAUCUGGAGCUAUCCAACGCUCGUGCGCAACGUCGAGAUCCCCGCCCACGAGACUCGCGUCCUCCACAGCUGCCUCAGCCCUGACGGACAGAUGCUCGCCACCGCCGCCGCGGACGAGUCCCUCAAGUUCUGGAAGGUCUUCGAGAAGAAGGCUGGCGCCGCGUCUUCUGCGGUCGCCGGCACCGCCUCUGGCAAGGCCGAGAUGGUCAAGCAGAUGACCAUCCGCUAAACUAACUGAUAUCUACCGAGCUUGCUCGCUGUAUGCGCACCCUACACGCCUGGGGCGCAGGUAAAGUAUCACAAAAUUUCAAAUAGGAUUUGGGUCUGGCUUUAGCGGGGUCUGGUCUUGUUUCCUGAGCGUGGAGUUGAUGGGGAUUAUGACGGUUUUUCUCCCACUUGAUUGUCCAUGGCCGAAAGUGCUUCACCUGGUCUUUUGCGAGCAUGUUUAUUAUCUGGAUAUUACGACGGAUGGGGGUUCUGGGGACGAUGAUGGAUGAGGGUUCUUAUGAUUUCGAAAUUUGUUUUCUGUUUCUUACACGAGAGGGGGGAAGUGUUGUAGACUAUGUUUUGUGAUUAGCUAGGGGUAUGUGAUAAUGUAUCUCUUGGCUUAACCAUGAUAUCUUUGGUUCUUAUUUGCGAUUCUUCAUGUUAUCAUCAGGUGGUAAAUACAGGUCUGAGAUCUGCAGUGUCAAGUGCGGGGGCGGCUACUGGCAGGUGUGGGGAGUGUUGGGGUGGACCACAGCAUGUAUGGAUCAGUGAAGAGAUGUAAAUAUCAAUGGAUA